AUGGCGGAAACGAAGGAAGAGAGUAAAUCUAACGAAGAGAGUGUGAAACUUUUCGUAGGUCAAGUACCGAAGCACAUGACGGAAGAUGAGUUACUCACAAUGUUCAAAGAGUUUGCUUUGGUUGAAGAAGUCAACAUCAUCAAAGACAAAGCCACUCGCGCUUCUCGAGGUUGUUGCUUUGUGAUUUGUCCUUCUAGAGAUGAAGCUGAUAAGGCCGUUAAUGCGUGUCACAAUAAGAAGACGUUACCUGGGGCAUCUAGUCCUUUGCAAGUGAAGUAUGCUGAUGGCGAGCUGGAAAGAUUAGAACACAAACUUUUCAUUGGCAUGCUUCCAAAGAAUGUUUCUGAAGUUGAAGUAUCCGAACUUUUUUCCAAGUACGGAACUAUAAAGGAUUUACAACUUUUAAGAGGUUCUCAACAAACAAGUAAAGUAGGUUGUGCAUUUUUGAAAUAUGAAACUAAAGAACAAGCUCUUGCUGCAUUGGAGGCAAUCAAUGGAAAACACAAAAUGGAGGGUUCAAGUGUUCCUUUAGUUGUCAAAUGGGCUGAUACUGAAAAGGAAAGACAAGCCCGAAGAGCUCAGAAAGCACUAUCUCAAGCUUCUAAUGUGGCACAUGCUGACUCUCAGCAUCCUUCGUUGUUUGGAGCCAUGCCUAUGGGCUAUGUUCCUCCAUAUAAUGGUUAUGGUUAUCAGGCUCCAGCAAGUUACGGGCUCAUGCCAUACCGCAUGCCGCCAAUGCAGAAUCAAGCUGGUUACCAUAAUAUGAUGCCUCACAUGAAUCAAGGAAACACUUUGCGGCCUGAUCUUGGCCCCAAUAUGAAUCCUAGAAACUAUCCCGUGCCUCCCGCAAGUUAUGUUGGUUCUUAUCCUGCUGUGCCAGGUCUACAACCUCCAAUGCCCUAUCCUGCAGGAAUGAUUAGUCCAAGGCCUAUGAAUAGUCCUCCCGGUUCUGUUUCGCCUUCCGGUGGAAACGGUAACUCAGCUACAUCUUCAGGGUCCAGUAAAAAUUCUGGCGGUGGUCAGAUUGAAGGACCACCUGGCGCAAAUCUAUUUAUCUACCACAUACCUCAAGAAUUUGGAGAUCAAGAGCUUGCUAAUGCUUUUCAACCUUUUGGUAGAGUUUUAAGUGCUAAAGUUUUUGUUGACAAAGCAACCGGUGUCAGCAAAUGUUUUGGGUUUGUAAGUUAUGAUUCCCCGGAUCAUGCUCAAUCUGCAAUUAGUAUGAUGAAUGGAUGCCAAUUAGGAGGUAAGAAAUUAAAGGUUCAGCAUAAGAGGGACAACAAACCUGGUAAACCUUAUUGA